AGUCUAUUCAUUUAUAUCAUCUGGAAUGGACAUUUGUUUUUUGUCUUUAUCUUUCGAGUUAUUUGAGCUACCCUAUAAGUCCAUACAUACUAAAUAGAGGAAAACCCGGGAUUUCCAUUGGUAUCUGAUUUUGUGUGUCUUUUAGCUCCAAAGAGGAAGGAAAUAACAAAAGAAAAUGUUUGAUUGAAAAGAUUCUUUUUUCCUUUGUUCUCAGGAGGAUGAAUAGUGUGUAGAAAUGUUCCCCAGGGUUUGUUUUGCUGUCGGUGUCGGAUGAAUUAAGGCGGAGCAGUAGACCCCAUCACCAGCUUCUUUCAUCACUCUUUCCCCCCUGCAUCCCACAAAACACACAUUUCUCUGCAGCUUAAGUAGGCGAGUACCCCUCUCAGCCAACACAAGUCACAGUAACAGGGCCAGCGUAUCAGAGCCGCUGCCACAUUAGGGCAUCUUCAGCUUCAUAUUCGUGUGACCAACCCCGUGUGAGGUUUAGUCCAGUGCGCGGGGAACUUUACACAGAAACAAAGGAAAUCUGGCACCAAGUAAACCAUUUAAAUGGGGGAACAGAUGACCACAAACGGCAAGAAUUGCACCUCCACAGCUCGUGUGCCAAACAGUCACCCAGAGAAGGCUGAAGAGGUGGAAGGAAGGGGGCACUGGGGAACCAAAGCCGAGUUUAUAUUGACUGUGAUGGGUGCGAUCAUUGGACCCGGGAAUGUGUGGAGGUUCCCCUACCUGUGCUACAGAAACGGAGGAGGUGUGUUUUUCAUCCCAUACAUCUUGUUCAUAUUCACGUGCGGGAUCCCCCUCUUUUUCCUUGAGACUGCCUUGGGACAGUACACUAGCCAGGGGGGAAUUACUUGCUGGAGAAGGAUUUGUCCGCUCUUUCAAGGCAUGGGCUAUGCCAGUCACUUAAUCAUCGCAUUCAGUGCAACAUCUUAUAUUAUAAUCCUGGCAUGGGCGUUCUUUUACCUGUUCCAGUCUUUCAGUGGGGAUUUACCUUGGGCCACAUGUGGACACUACUGGAACACAGACUCAUGCUUGGACUUGAGCCAUCUGAAUCUGAGUAUGACGUCCAGACUGAACACUACUCUUCCUGUUGUGGAGUUCUGGCAGCGUCGGGUUUUAAAGGUCUCUGGUGGUAUUGAGGAAGUUGGGGGCUUGCGAUGGGAACUGGUCCUUUGUCUCAUCCUCAGCUGGAUUAUCUGCUACUUUUGUGUUUGGAAGGGUAUCAAGUCGACAGGAAAGGCAGCCUACUUUACAGCAACCUUCCCCUACGUCAUGUUAUUUGUUUUGCUUAUACGUGGUGUUACCCUCCCAGGGGCAAAGGAUGGGAUCAUUUAUUACCUCUACCCUGACAUCUAUCGCCUGUUAGAUGCCCAGGUGUGGAUGGAUGCUGGCACUCAAGUCUUCUUCUCUUAUGCCAUAGGCCUUGGUUUCCUCACUUCUCUUGGGAGUUAUAACACUUACAACAACAACUGUUAUAAGGACUGUUUCUACUUGUGUCUGCUGAACAGUGCCACGAGCAUUGUGGCAGGCUUUGCCAUUUUCUCUGUGUUGGGUUUCAUGACAUAUGAACAAGGAGUGGAUAUUUCUGAAGUAGCAGAAUCAGGUCCAGGGUUGGCAUUCAUCGUUUACCCACGUGCUGUAGCCAUGAUGCCAGUGCCCCAAGUGUGGUCGGUGUGUUUCUUCCUCAUGAUCAUUCUGCUUGGGUUGGAUAGUCAGUUUGUUGGUCUGGAGUGUCUGAUGACAUCACUGGUUGAUCUUUUUCCUUGCCUGCAUCAAGGCUAUAGACGUGAGCUGCUUCUGCUGGCUGUAUGCUGUACCUGCUGUUUGCUGGGACUCUCCUUGGUCACUGAGGGAGGAAUGUAUCUGCUCCAGCUGUUAGAUCAUCAUGUCUGUAGUGGCACCACUCUGCUGCUUCUCUCUUUUUGCCAGUCUGUGAGCAUUGGCUGGGUAUACGGUGCUGACCGUUUUUAUGGUAACAUCUCAGACAUGAUUGGCUAUCGUCCACACCCAUUCAUGAAGUACUGUUGGCGCUACAUCACUCCUUUCACCUGUUUUGGCACCUUUAUCUUCUCCAUUGUCAGAUAUUCCCCGCUGAAGUUCAGUAGCACUUAUGUUUAUCCGCUCUGGGCCAACAUCUUGGGCUGGUUCAUUGCCACAGUCUCCCUCUCUCUCAUUCCACUGUUUCUACUAUAUAAAAUAAUCCAGGGAAAGGGCACUCUUCGACAGCGUUUCUUAGAGCUCUGCCAGCCUGUAGACGAACUGCUGUUUGAUCAAAAACUUCUUCCUGCUUUGGGACGAGAUGGUACAGCAGACCACACAGAGCUCGCUCCUUUAUCAUGCAACGGGGAAAACGCUCAAUGAACACAAUAACAUAACGGACACUGUAAAUUACUUUGUGCUCUUCUGAGCUUUUAUCCAUCUAAUGAAACUUAAAGAGUGCUUUGAAAAGAACAAGCAUGCCCUGAAAUUUUUACCUACAGCUUUCACAUUUGUACCUUACCUUAGUUUACCUUUAUCUAAUUAUAUUUCAUCUUUAAGCUUUAAUAUCUUCAAUAGCAAUAAACAUAUACUAUCAAAAUAUAUUAGAACAAGCUUAUAUACUGUUUAUAUAGUUUGCCUUAAGCGAGCUGAAUUUAAACUGCACACACACACACACACACACACACACACACACACACAUAUAAUUUUAAGCUGUGUUACCAUUUCAUAUGAAUAAAUAAAUCCCAUCCAGUGAUGGGAUCAAAAUGCUGGCAUUCUGAUCCAUGAGAAGGCAACUCAGUAGUCAGUACUACAUUAUUCCAUGACUAAAGUACUCAUGUAGUACCUAUCUGCAAACUCAGGCAUAGUUUUGAACUCAUCUGUUAAUUCUUGUAACUGUAUCUUGACGGUUGACCAAAUCUGCCCAGACAAUUGUUACUAUUAAUUUAAUUAUUAUUUUUUAUUAUUUUGUAUCGGUAUUUUGUUUGUUU